GAAAAAUAUGUACAUAAAGAUAUAUGAAUAAGUGAUGGUACAGAACGGCAUAGGCAAGAUGCAGUAGAUGGUAUCGAGUACAGUAUAUACAUAUGAGAUGAGUAAUGUAGGGUAUGUAAACAUUAUAUUAAGUGGCAGUUUGAGCAUGAAUUUACUGGUAUAGAAUGAAUUGUAUAACAUUUGUUUCUGUAGCUGCUCCUUUAUUAUAUACAGUAAAGGUCUCAUAAAAACGUUGAAUGGGGGGGGGCAAAGGUUUUUGAAAUUGAAAACGUAAUUGAGCAUUCCUAUUGGACAAGAUAAGUUACUGUAGUGCCUUUUCUGAUCAAGCCAGGCCCCAAGGUGAUUUGUAUGCUUUGUAUGCUUGUUUUGUUCUUCUAAUAGUCAUUAUGUGUGUUUGAUUUAUUCCAGAGGGGUCUGCUGAAGACGCAUUCAAGAAACUGGAGAAACGGAAUGAUGAAAGCUCAGUGAACGAUGCCCGUUCUCGCUACCUACAGAGAAAACAGGAGCGGCAACAAGGCAAAGCACACUCAUCCUCAGGACACUUAUCCUCAGGACACUUAUCCUCAGGGGAAGAAGGACUCCGUUAUUGGACUGACCAGGACAGAAGAAUCUCCACUCAGGGGUUAAAAGUCUGACCGCCAUAAUAAACUGCACAGGCGAUGUUCAAAACAAUGCUUUACAACACAGGAGUCUGAGAGUUGAGGGUCAAACAUUGUCCUUUGUAGCUCAGUUUGUAAAGCAUGGCGCUUGUAAUGCUAGGGUAAUGGGUUCACUUCCUGGGACCACCCAUGUGGAAAAUGUAUGUACACUUUGGAUAAAAGUGUCUGCUAAAUAUUAUAUUUAAAUAUACAUUAAUAAUGGACUAGGUGGAGAUAAUGAAUCCUAGUCAUAUCAAAUGUCUAGUACUGAAGAUGUUUUAUGCUAUGUUAUCUUUUAGUGGUAUAUUUAUUUUUUAGUUUCAUACAAAUCAACGUUUUUGUCAUGAGAGUACAUUUUGCCAGUGGAGGUCCCCAUUCUCUUCUGGUUCUGGGACAGUUACAGAAUUACAUACAGUUUGUCAAUAUGUCACCCAACAGUGUUGUCAAAUCAGCACAUUAGAAAACAGGAGAACAAUCACAGGCACUUUAUUUUGUACAUCGCUGCCUUUUAUAAAAUAGAGGUUAAUUUCGUAACUGCCAUUGCUCCGUGAUUUUUUAAAACGUAUUUUUGUGUCCUCCAUUGGUAGUCAUACAAACCAAAUAAGACUCAUGUCCCAUCAUCCUUUGCGGAGAGACUUGCGUCAUUCACAUGCGCUUGUUUUGGUCCGUCAAUGUGCGAAUCAAACGUGGCUUAACAGAAAUUGGCAAUAUCCACAGAUAAACUUGUAAUUCUUCACAUUUGAUCGAUUAAAUUAAGUCCGUUAACAUAUCGUGUUGAUAAGUCAUCUGACAGUUACAGCUCUGGUCAAGCAUGUUCGCUGAGGAGGAUGAGUGGAACGAUGAACCAGAAGCCAAAGCUCUGACCAAGACGGUCAUCAGCAGUUUCAAACUGUCUGACAGCACCAAUAUCACGACAAAAUGUGUUGGGAAGAAGAGUUUGUUACGGACCCUCCAAACACUAGGGUCCGUACCAAACUGGAGCAAGAGCAAUGGUGCCCCUUGGGAAGCAGGCAGUGACAGCGAAACAGAGGCCAUACUGACACCACACACCAAGAGGAAGAAGAAAAGAAGCAAAAGAGGACGCAAGAAAGUAGCUGUUUCAGGAGAAGAGACCGAUAAGGACAGUGGAGAUUUGUGUGCCGAGGAGACUGCAGUGCCUGUAGCUAAGAAGCCAAUAAAAGCAAAGAAACCAAUAAAAGCAGGGUUCAUAAAGGUAAAGAAUAGAGAGUCCAUUAUGGGUGGUAGUAAACAAGGAAAAGCAGCAACAGAUGCUGAGAUUGAGAGAUUAAACCGAAAGCAAUGGAAAAACAAGACAAAGAAGAAAUGUAAAAACAAAUACAAAAUAAAAAAUGGAGAGAAUACCACCCCCCCAAAAAACACAAAAGCAGAGACCACUGUGCAAAAGGAUACAGAAGAUGGACCAAAAACAGCUUCUGGUGUGAACAAGGAAACAGUGGUCGUCCAGACACACCGCCAUACAAAGGGGAAAAAACAGCAGAAAGAGGGUGAGCGUAAAACACAGAAAGGGAAAAAGGUCCCAGUGGGAAAAGAGAUGACUUUCAAUGAGACUGCUUCCACUCCAGACACAGAAAUAGUUCAAAACAAUAAGAACUUGUCAGAGAAAAAGACAAAGGGGAGCAUUCAAGAAAAAGCAGUUCCACUAGGUAAAGAGUUAAUGACAGAAGAGGAGAAACCUCAGGAGCUGGUUAGGGAGGAGCAGCACGCGGAGCCGCCCGGCAGUAAGAGGAGGAAACGGGACGAGAGCAAAGGGCAAGACCGGCGGAGAGAAAAGCUCAGGAGAAUGCUCCAUGGCCAGAGCCCGGAAAAUAAAGAGAAACCUGCUGAGCAGGAGGAGGAGACACGCACCACAGAGGAGGUGAAAGAGGCUUCUGCAGACCGCUCGACUGCUCUGAGGUCCCGCAUGGAGCAGCGUUUGGAGUCAGCGCGGUUCCGCUAUAUUAACGAGGUCCUGUACACCACGUCUAGUGGGGAGGCAAAACGCAUGUUCAGACAAGACCCCCAGGCUUUUAGCAUCUACCACAGGGGCUUUACGGCACAGGUCCAGCGCUGGCCAGCUAAUCCUGUCGACGCCAUCAUCUCCUACAUACGCCGCACGCCUGCCUCUCUGGUAGUGGCAGAUUUUGGCUGUGGUGACUGCAAAAUUGCUCUUAGCUUGAAGAACAAAGUGCACAGUUUUGACUUGGCACCUAUCUGUGACCGUGUAACUGUCUGCGACAUGGCCAAUGUACCGCUCGAGGAUGGUACUGUGGACAUAGCUGUAUUCUGUCUCUCUCUUAUGGGGACAAACCUUGUGGAUUUUCUAGUUGAGGCUAACCGUGUGCUGGCGAUGGGGGGUAUCCUGAAAAUUGCAGAGGUGGCAAGUAGAUUUGAGAAUGUGAGGAACUUCAUGGGUGCUUUGUCCAGCCUGGGAUUCAAGUUGGUCACAAAGUUGGUUAUCAUCCUCACUCACUAAUAAAGUUGCAUGGCCAAAUAUACCUGCAUGGCCAAACUGCACCCCUUGGAGGAGCUGUUGUAUGAGUGAAAAGACUUCCACUGAGCCACUGAGUGUGUGCAUGCAUUAUGCUAUGUGAAUAUAUAAGUAGAAUGAUGGUGACCCCAGACAUCAUCAUUGAUCUCUCUGAUGUCAGAAGCAGUAACUCUCCUCAUCUCUCAUGAUCCCCAUGACACCAACCAGGCCAAUGAAGACCUGCUCUUUUCAAAAAGUACUGCUAGUGCUGGUGACCUGUGGGUGAUGCAAAUCUCGGAAUAGCUAUUCCCCUGGGGCGUCAUAUUUUCUCUUGUGUAUGCUGUCCGACUGACUGACCUUUCCAAAUUAGCCUGACGGAUCUUCCCACAGGAACCAGUGAUAAUGGGACAGUGAUGCUCAUCGCACCAAUGGCACCUUGACCGAAUGUACUGACCAAAGACACAAUGAAUAAGCCUGAAGUGCAGUCAGUGUGUCUGUCUAUACUGUCUAUAUAUUUACCAUCCCUUCUCACAUGAGUCAUGACAAAGAGGAAGUUAGUCUACGUCCCAAUUGGCACCCUAUUCCCUACACAGUGCACUACUUUUGACCAGAGCCCUGUGGGAGAGUUUUCAUGGACCAUUAGUGGAUUUGUGGAUCAGAUGCUUUUAAAGACAUUUAGGAUCUCAAAGUGUAUCCAAACAUUGUGGUAGUGAGACACCUGUCUUAUUAUCUGAUCAGAUCCAAUGACAGCAACAAGAGGCGACUGCUUUAUGCAUUUCUCUCAUUCCAAGCAUUGCAACUGGGAUUGAAUUACAAUAUGAAUUCUUCAGCUGUGAAGUUUUUGAAUAGCUUACCUUACUUCCAGAGUAGUAACUCAGAAUACAGGCUCUAUAGUUGCCCUAUGAUAACAUUAGAUGGAAAAUAAAUCUGUCUUUACCACAGAAACAGAGAGAAUCAAACUGUGUGAGCUGAGCUGUGGUGGCUGACGUACCUGUCUGCUCCAGCCACAGAGCAUCCUGUUUUUUGAAUAGCUCUGUGCUACUUUUGUCAUGCCUAGCUGUAGUAACCAUCAGACGCACAGACCUGGUUUCCUGUUUGUCACCUGCCAACCUGCUGGUCGACUCACCAGAAAACACACAAAGUGACAAUGAGGAGGAUCGAGAUGGCCGCAGCCGAGGAGAAGCAGACGAUGAAGACCAUCACUGCACAAACACACAGGAGAAAGACAUCAGGUAACACAAAAUGGAAGUAAAUGGAAUGGAACACCUGUUGUAAAUGGAAGUUAAUGCCAAUUUUAUGUAAUAAUAUGUCAAUCAUUUUGGGAUGUUCACCAGAAACCAUUGACAUAUCUUACAUUUUGUUGUAUCACUGAUGCAAGAUAAGGUGAGUGUACACUCACUGAGCUG